AUUCAGCAGUGGCGCGUGCUUCCGCCUCAGAUCAGCUGACUAGAAAAAUGCGGAAGGAGUAAAUUGGAAACGUUAAGCUGCAGCAAAGAGAAGAGAAAGUGCUACGUUUUUUAUUUUAUUUACAAAAACACACAGAUCUGACACUUCUUUUAAACAAGACCGCUUGAGACCAUUCUAUUUACAUAUUCACCUCACAAAACAUCCUGCGUAGCCACCACAUAGAGAUGGCAGUUCACGAGUCAGUGGUCGUGAUGAAUGGAACACAAAUUUCAUACAUUGGCCACGACUGUGAAGACAUCCCACAAUUCAUUGGAGAAAGAUAUGGAAGACAAGCAAGGCGUCUAGAUCUUAGCUUCAAUCAACUGAGGUCACUGGCGGGACUGAAAGCCUUCGGCGAGCUGGAAGAGCUGAUUGUGGACAACAAUCUCCUCGGAAAUGACCUCCGGUUGCCCAGGUUACCACACCUCCAUACCCUGACACUCAAUAAGAACCAACUGACUGAUAUCGAGGCUCUGUUGGAGCACUUGGCUGACGUGACACCCUCCCUGGAGUACCUCAGUCUGCUGGGCAACGAGGCCUGCCCCAACCAGCUCGUCAGCCUGGACAAGGACGAGGAUGACUAUCAGCGCUACAGGUACUUUGUCCUGCACAAGCUGACGGGUCUGAAGUUUCUGGACACGCGGAAGGUGACGCGGAGGGAGCGGGCGGAGGCGGAGACGCGCGGCUCCUUUAUGAAGGUGGUGAAGCCCAAAUCUGACACGGAUUCCGGUGACCCCAGAAACGAUUCUGCUACCUUGCCAUACACCCCAUUGCCGCGAGGAUCCAAAGAUCCAAAAAACCAUAAAGGGGUUUUUGCCAGGAGCCGCUACGUGUACUACGGGAAACACUCGGAGGGAAACCGAUUCAUUCGCAACGACCAGCUCUGACACCUGACCAGAUAACAACCGCGCACGGGCGUUUCUGUACGCGAACGCCAUUGGAAUUCCAACCCGGCCAAAUACAGCCCUCUAGUGCCUCGUGCUGACUUUAGCGUCGCUGUCAGGUCUGUCCUUCUAUCUGAGCCUGUGCAGUCACGCAAAGAUUGACAUGAUUGCCUUAAAGCUGCCCCCCCCCCCCCACCUCUCCAGAGUGACAGACAGCUGCAGCCCAGCACACAGGACAAGCACCGUGAUUGAUUGCCCGCCCCCAACUGCUACUCAGAAAGGGCAAAGGUCACAGCUGAGGCUGUAGCAGGCCUGUGGACUCUCCCAGCAUUGGGCUUCUUUCAAGGUCGGAGCGAAGAAAGACAAAAAAAACUACAACUCUGUGAAUUCUGUGCUUCUCUUUGAGAUGAUGUACAUAUAAAAUAAAUGCACAAGAUAUACAUUCCAUAUGAAGUCUGUUUCUCAGGUUAGGAUAUCUAUUAAAAUAGUAUGUGUAUAAAAAUGACAAUGGUGACUUUGAUAAACAGAAUGUGACUCCACUUGAGAAAUACAAUGGAUCGAGAAGAAAUAAAGAAUGAUCCUGCUUUUGAUAUUCUGGUAAUUUUGUUAAUUGAAUGAUAACUAUAAAACUGUCCAAACUGUUUUCAUGAAGACUGAAAUAUUAU